AUGGUCCACCAGGAGAACAGGGUCCCCGCGGCCCCACUGGUCCCAAAGGUGACGCUGGUCCCGAGGGUGAGCCUGGUAGACCUGGUCGUGCGGGUGAUGCACAGCCAAACCAUGCGUAUCCCUGAGUGCCCCUCAUACACACAAAAGGUGUGGGAGGGAUACUCCUUCCUCAGCAUGACUGGGUCGGAGCGUUCGCACGUCAACGACUUAGCCAGCCCGGGUUCCUGCCUACAGAUGUUCAACCCCAUUCCCUUCAUGUUUUGUGAGAAACAGGAGAACUGCUACUAUGCCCAACGUAAUGACCGCUCCUACUGGUUGAGCACUGAUGAUGAGCCAAUGAUGUGGAAUCCCGUUCUCGCAAAUGAGACGGAGCGACACAUCAGCCGAUGUGUGGUGUGUGAAGCACCAUCUAAGAUAUAUGCCUUCCACUCUCAGACGCUGGAAAUUCCCAAGUGUCCAGACGGUUGGUCUGAUAUGUGGGCUGGAAGUAGUUUCCUCAUGGUGAGUAUUGUUCACUAG